CCUGCGCCCGCGGCGGAGCUGGCAGCGGUGGAUGGAUGGGCACCGCGUCCGCGGCACUCGCGGCCAGCUCAGCCCCAGGAGUAAACACGGGGCUUCUCCGGCCGAGUGCGCAGUGUGGUGACCGGCACUCGCCUCGCUGACUGAUCGCACCGGAGGGAUAUUUCGGGAGACUCCUGUGGGAAGCAGUCACAGAAAGACAGAAGAUGAAAGCUCCUAUUCCCAACUUGAUUCUCUUGUAUGCUACUCUAACUCAGAGCUUGAAGGUUGUGACCAAAAGGGGAUCAGCUGAUGGUUGCACUGACUGGUCUGUGGAUUACAAGAAAUAUCAAGUUCUAGUGGGAGAACCUGUUCGUAUAAAAUGUGCACUCUUUUAUGGAUAUAUAAGAGCUAAUUACUCCCUAGCCCAAAGUGCUGGACUUAGCUUGAUGUGGUACAAAAGCUCUGGACCUGGAGAUUUUGAGGAACCUAUAGCUUUUGAUGGAACCAGAAUGAGCAAAGAAGAAGACUCCAUUUGGUUCCGACCAACAGUGGUACAAGACAGCGGGCUCUAUGCAUGUGUUAUAAGAAACUCAACUUACUGUAUGAAAGUGUCCAUUUCGCUGACGGUGGGUGAAAAUGACACUGGACUCUGCUACAAUUCAAAGAUGAAAUAUUUUGAGAAAGCUGAACUUAGCAAAAGCAAGGAAAUCUCAUGCCCUGAAAUUGAGGAUUUUUUAUUUCCAUUUAGGGAGCCUGAAAUUCUGUGGUAUAAGGAAUGCAAGUCAAAGACAUGGAGAUCAAGUAUUGUGUUUAAAAAGGACGCUCUUGUCAUUCGGGAAGUUAGAGAGGAUGACAUUGGAAAUUACACUUGUGAGUUAAAAUAUGGAUUCUUUGUUGUCAGAAGAACGACGGAAUUAACAGUUACAGCACCACUAACAGAUAAACCACCAAAGCUUUUACAUCCCUUGGAGACUAAGCUAACAAUUCAGGAGACCCAAUUAGGUGGUUCUGCUAAUCUAACCUGCCGAGCUUUCUUUGGAUAUAGUGGAGAUGUCAGUCCUUUGAUCUACUGGAUGAAAGGGGAGAAGUUCAUUGAAGAUUUAGAUGAUAGUCGAGUCUGGGAAAGUGACAUUAGGGUUCUCAAGGAACAUCUUGGGGAGCAGGAGGUUUCCAUCUCAUUGAUUCUUGACUCUGUCGAAGAGGCAGACCUGGGCAAUUAUUCAUGUUACGUCGAGAAUGGAAAUGGGCGCCGACAUGCCAGCAUUCUUCUACACAAAAGGGCAGUAUAAGUCAACAAAGGUGCUGAAUCUGGAAUGUUCACUGCAUACCUGAAAAAGAAAUUAUAAUCCUUCUUAAACUUCCUCUGUGGAACAUUAUCACCAGGAUCAGAAGGGACAGCAAAGCAGAAAGCUCUGCUACUGAACAAAAAGCGUUCCUGGGAAAAGAGGUAUUUAGGGCUAAACGCUGCAGUGGGGAUUCAGGUACAAAGUUUAAGCCUUUCAAACACCCUUGCAAGUGCUGCUUCAACCUGGUCAGUAUAGUCUCUGUAAACUUAAAAGUCCAGGGGGAGAUUUUAGAAAUACCUAUAAUUAACAGGCCCUGAAAGGGCAAGAAGUCCAGAGUCUAACUCACUAGCAAAACCCUGGAUGCAUCUUCCUUAAUCUUCCCACUCGUCAGCCCAGCAGGAACACACACUCUCCUCACAGAAACCACAAAUGGUGGUCCCUAUCACAAACCAGUGCCUGGCACAUUCAGACGGGGAGAGGGGGCUUCUGCUCUUUCCCUGACAUGGUACUGGAAUGGAUAGCCAGAGCCUCUCCUUUCCCGAAAUCAAUUAAUUUCAGGAAGGGAGCAGAACAUAAUGCCCCCAACUCCAACACCACUUGGGCAGGAAAAGUGAACCUCGUUUCAACAUCCGGCACCGGGAGAAGGCUGGGACGCCUCGUACCUCCCUCUAGUGUGGACACCGGUGCUCUG